GCUGGGACCCGCCAGAAAUUUUUCAAGAAGCGGGACGAAAACCUAUCGGAGCGCCGUCAUCGCGGAUACGCUUCGGAGAGCUGCUUCUUUUUUUUCCCUCUAGUAGUUCGUUGUCAAUAGAUCUCCGGCCGGUUGUCUGCUUUUUCUUCUGCCAUUGCUGCCGCUGCUUGCUUCUUUCUACAGCAGUUAUACAAUAAUUUCUAUACCCCUCCAUCCACCACCCCACACCUAAAUCAAUAUGUCUCCCAUUGCGGCUGGUGGCAGAGAGAAGGAGUCCAACCUGGCGAGGUUGUUGGGUUCCGGAUCUGCCGGUAUUGCCGAGUUGGCUAUCUUCCAUCCUGUUGACACAAUCGCGAAAAGAUUGAUGUCCAACGAGGGCAAGGUCUCGUCCGUCGCCAAGCUCAACACCGUCAUCUUCAAGGACAAGGCCAACGCCUCCGCCGGCCGCAAGUUCGUCUCCCUGUUCCCUGGGCUGGGGUAUGCUGCUGGGUACAAGGUUCUUCAGCGUGUGUACAAGUACGGUGGUCAGCCCGUGGCGAGGGAUUACCUUGGUGCGCAUUAUGGCAAGGAUUUCGAGAACGCGUUUGGCAAGAAGACUGGCAAGGCGAUUAUGCACUCGACUGCUGGUAGCUUGAUUGGUAUUGGCGAGAUUGUGCUCUUGCCGUUGGAUGUGCUCAAGAUCAAGAGGCAGACCAACCCUGAGGCGUUCAGGGGGAGGGGUGUGCUCAAGAUUGUGAAGGAUGAGGGUUUUGGGCUUUACAGAGGGUGGGGGUGGACUGCUGCGAGAAACGCCCCUGGGUCGUUUGCUCUCUUUGGUGGUUCCGCCUUUGCGAAGGAAUUUCUCUUUGGCCUCAACGACUACAACAAGGCGUCGUGGUUCCAGAACUUCAUCGCCUCCAUCGCCGGCGCUUCUGCGUCUCUUGUCGUUUCGGCCCCCCUCGAUGUCAUCAAGACCCGCAUCCAGAACCGCAACUUUGACAACCCCGAGUCUGGCUUUCGCAUCCUGACCAACAUGGCCAAGAACGAGGGCGCCGGCGCCUUCUUCAAGGGUCUCGUGCCCAAGCUGCUCAUGACCGGUCCCAAGCUGGUGUUUUCGUUCUGGCUUGCGCAGACGUUGAUCCCUGCUUUUGAUGCGGCUUUUGCGGGGAGGAAGGUCGAGGUUGAGAGGAAGUAAGGAGAUGGAAUAAUGGGAAAGGGAAAGAUAGAAAGAGGGCGGGGGGAACCAUAUGAGUGUAUGAUAUGAAUGGGAAGAUACCAAUGGCGGAUCUUUUGGCAGGCGUUGAUACACACGGAGGAAAAGGGGAGUGGAAAAAUGGAAAAGGCAAAGCAAGCGAGCAAAAAAAGGGUAGAAAGACACACCGGGGAUUUUUUUUGGCUUUUUUUUGGCUGAGCUUUUUAUAUAACUCCUCUUUGAUCAAAAAAAGAUGAAAAUAACUCUCCGUAUAA